AAUGACAUUUCAUUCGACAGAUGAAAAAUAAUUUUCCAAAAAUUGAGGUUCUUCUCAAAAUCUUCCAAGGAUGGCCAGCUUAAUUAAAGGGCUACGUUUGGCCCAACAUAUUUCCAAGAAUUCUUCAAUUUUGGUCACUGCCUCUAGGACAGCUGCCCAUUGGAACAAGGAUUUCAAACCAGGUCCAUUCCCAAAAACUCAAGAAGAACGUGAUGCAGCAGCCAAAAAAUAUAAUUUGCUGCCCGAGGAAUAUCGUCCAUACGCAGAUGAAGGUCUGUACUAUGGCGAUUAUCCUCAUUUGCCAGAAGGUCCCGGUGGACUAGGUAUUGAAGCUAAGGAUAACUACUAUCCAUACGAUUUUCCCGAACACAAAAGGAAUUUCAAUGAACCUCUUCAUGCCCAAAUCGAUUUAAUUGGUGAAGAUCGUUACAGUCAACCUGAGAAAACAAGGUUUGAGAACUGGCAAUACUUUGCUAGUUUCUUUGGCUUUAUGACAUGUUGCUUUGUUCUGUACUACUGGCUGGAGGACAAGAAAAUGUUCCGACCUGUAUUGCCAAAGCAAUACCCUCGAGAUGGCAAAGUUCAUUACACGUUCGAGCCUAAGAAUUAAAUAUUAUAAUUUUGCAAUUUAUAGCGAUAAUUUAAUCGAUUGAAUAAAAAAACGAUGGCAAUUAUUGAUUUGUUGAUCAAAUUGGAACCAAAUAAGAA